AUGCAGCCGGAGAGUUCUUUGCCGACCUCGAAAGAGUCAAUAGAUCUGCCACGGUCUUCUUCAACGUCGCAGUCUUCCGUUAGGACCAUUUUUGAUACGCAAAGCCGAUCGUUCCAGAACUACUCUGUCUUUAAAAGUGCAAGACACUAUAUUCCGACUCGAUUCCUAAGCAACCGCCGUCUCACCAUUGCCAUCGGAGGUGCUUUGUUUCUCGUCAUUCUUCUUACUGCCGCACGCACAAAUUCAAAACCCGCCGUUAUUCUCGAAAUCAACGCGGCCGCCAACCGUACCUUGGGCUUUGGUUCAAUAGAGAUGAUCAAUUUGCCUAUCAGGCAGGACAAAUCAGAUGCUGCCACUGUUCAAGCCUUCCUGUCCGGCAUUGAGAUCAAAAUCGUGGAGGGUGUCAAUGGCAGCCGCCUUAGCGAAGUGGGCAUGCCACCAAGCAGCAUUGCCGAUACCGAGCCUGGCUUAUCUGGGGUCCUCAUCAUGGAGGACGAUGUAACUUGGGAUAUCCACAUCAAAGAAGUCAUGCGCCUUGCCGCCUCCAAUUUGGCUGUUCUUCUCGACGGCUCUGGCGUAUUCGGCAUCAAAUCAACCCAGCCAUCAAAAGAGCAGGUCCAAAUGGAUCCUUGGCACAGCAAUCGAUGGGACUUAAUCACCUUCGGACACUGCGGCGAUGGGGAUGGUUGGAAGUCUGAACGGAUCAAGUACGACGACCCUUACACGAACGGUGAAAAAAGCGAGUACUUUGGGAUCGGUCUCAAGGGUGACCGUCGGAUGAUCCGUCGAGCCGGUGGUAUGACUUGUACCGGAGCUUACGCCGUGAGUGCCCAAGGCGCUGCGAAACUUUUGCUACGAAGCAAUUUUGACUUGAACCUACCUGUGGACGUCAUAAUGAAUGAGAUGAUAAUGAACGGUCAACUACACGCGUACAGCAUCUGGCCUCCACCUGUCGUGCAGUGGCGGUACCGCGACAAGCUGGGAAUGUGGGGAUCUAUGGGAAGCGAUAUUAGGGUUGAGCAAAAAGACCAGGAUCGGACUGGAUGGGAAGAAGCACACAAACAGCACGAUGUGUGGCAGCUAAAGGGUGACACGACUGGCUUAAGAAAUCCAGCCAUCAAAGCAGCUUGGGGUACAUUGAUUGGCCAUGAUGACGAAUAG